UUCGUUGUAAAAAUUGCGUUGAUUUGAUGUUGGUUCAUUGUGUGUACCAAUCACCAUAGAGCUCUCAUAAGCUUCAAGAUGGCCGACGUGCAGAAAAGACUGCAAAGUGAGGUUGAAAAAUACCAAAGUGUUCAGAAAGACCUUCAGAAGUACAUGUCUGUGAGGCAACAGCUUGAUGCCCAGCUGAAUGAAAACACCUUGGUGAAGGAGGAAUUGGACCGUCUUGAAACGGAGUCCAAGGUGUACAAGAUGAUUGGUCCAGUGCUGGUCAAGCAAGAUCUGGAGGAAUCCAAGCAGAACGUGCAGAAAAGAAUCGACUAUAUCUCUGGUGAAAUAAAACGUCAUGAUGUAACAAUCAAGGAUUUAGAAAAGAAACAAGAUUCUCAAAGAGAGACACUAUCGAAACUCCAGCACCAGUUCCAACAAGCACAAGUCAAGGCUGCAGCAAGAGCAUAACAGAGUUACUUCCCCUAUACAUAACAUCAUGCUUACCUCCCUUUGUAUCAGCUCCUCCAUUACUGCCUGACUCGUGUCAUUUGCUGUCCCUCCUACACAACUAAAUUUGAUAACUGCAUCAACUAUGUAUCUUUUGUUCACUUCAAGCUAAUUUAAUUUCAAAAUUUCAUUUCUUGUACAGAAUUUCAGAGCCAAAUACUUGAAAUUUUCAACAGCAUCAUUGUAAUGAUUUGAGGACGUUCUUCACAGAACUCAUUAUUUUCCUUUCAGACUUCAUGUGUGUGUAAUUUUUGUACAAAGUAAAAUUUGUUCAUAUGAAA